AUGAACACGCAAGCGGUGAAGAAAGCGACAGGCACUGCUUUGGCGUUGCACAGUGGUUGGACGGUGCGCACUGCUUGCCCCUUAAGCGCGCGCCGACUCUCGCUUGAGGGGCCGUUCCGGCGGAGGGGGCAAAGCGUCGCGACGGAGGCCCUCAUCAAGAACUCCUUCCUAACCAAGGAGUACUUCGACAAAAUGAAGAAAAAAAAAAUCGACCUCUUCGAUUUUGUUCCCCCGGAGAAUUUCGUCUCCUCCUAUUUUGAGAAGCUGGACAAGAGCUACUCGAACCCACGGUCGAUCCUGCGGCUGUACAAGGACUACAUCGAGAAGGAGGACUACCCGAACUACAACUGGCUGGUGAGGUGCUUCUGCCAGCUAGCCAACGUGUUCGGAUUUAACUCCUUCUGGAGCGUGAAGGACAAGGAAGCCAUUCACGAGCUGAAGCUGUUCAAAUUCUUGGUGUACGAUUUGAUCGAAAGGAAGGAAAGAAUCCAAGCGAGGCACUGCCCCAGACUGCUAUACGCAAUGUGCUGCCUAGACUACAGGUGCUAUUACCUCCUCCCAACAAUUCUAGAACUGAUUGAAAAGGAUUUGGCCAAAUUCAGAGUGCCUACACUGUCCAUGAUGAGCUUCUGCCUGUCCUACCUGGGACUAACAAACCAGGAUGUCCAGUUUGGGUCCGAAAAUAAUCUCUCUCGAUGUUACAACUUGAUAGAGAAGAUCCUCCACGAGAUAUACAGCAGGAGGGAUGAAGCGAAAGGGGACAUGACCAACUUCUGCUGGGCAUUGUUGGCCUACGUUCUGGUCACCAACAAUAUGUAUGAAUUUCCCCUUAAGGAGGAGACCAGGGGAGAUAGCUCUACCGGUUUUUUUAUGCCAGAAAUUUUGAAAAAUGCAUGUGAAGGGUUAACUAAGGAAAAUAUCGUGGAAAGCGGGUGGAUUCAGUACUACCUCUACAUCACCCUCUACUGCUGCGACGUGGAGAAGCCGAGGAACGAACGGAUGAUCAAGGAGAGCGUCCCCUUCUUCAUUCAAGAGUACCUGCACAUAAAAUGGCUAGACAAUAUUUUGAUAACUGCCCAGAAUCAAGGGUCAGAAAAAAUGCAACUCGAAAUGGACAGCAUUAUACAGAAGUUACAAUUAAAAGAUUUCUUCAUCAAUCUAUCCGUUGGUAGGAAGAUAGAUGAGCAGCACUGUUUUUUUGCUUCCCAUUUUUAUAAGCCUUUAAAUUUAUGCGUCGAAUACGACUACUUCCACCCCAUUGGUUUUAACAGACCUCUGGUGAGUGGCACCAUCUCUUUGAAGAACCGGAUUUUUAAAAAGCUCAACUUUAACGUUGUUAAUAUUCAUAAGUGCUUUUGGGAUACACUCACAGAGGAACAGAAGGAGUCGCAGCUCGUCCGUCUCUUGGAACUCUUUCAGGCCGAGCGCCGCGGCGAGAAGCAACAACAGCGCGCGGAGCUGUACCAGGAGAAGCGCUUCCAUUCGGAUAUGCUGCACUUGAAGCAUAAGCGGGUCAAGUUUCGCAGUUGGCCACCCGAGCACAUAACGGUGUAGCGGUGGGACGUGCUCCCUGCCUGGCGCAGCACUAUGCUGUGCUAUACUGUGGUGUGCUAUACUGUGGUGUACUAU